GCGGGGCAGUUGUCUCUGAGUUGAGGGAUGGUAAAUGGUGAAGUACUUCCCGGCCAGAGGGCACCUGUGGCCGUGGGGUCUCUGUGACGGGGAGCCGAAGAGCCCUACCCGCGGGGGAACCCAGCCUCGACAACGGAGCGGGCGGAGCGCAGCCCUCAGGUCUGGUGGGCGGCGUGGAACGCAGUGGAGCCAGUGUAGGCGAGGCACGGCGGUGGCUAGCCCCCCCGACAGGACCUGGAUACGCCACAGAGCCCUCGGCCGCGUGAGCAGGGGCUGCACUCCAGCCCUUGCAGCCUCUCCGCUCCUUGCACCCACGUGCACUCCCGGGCUGGAGAAGGGGGCACGGAAUUCUCAACCCCCAUUUCAGUCUGUCUCCCGGUGCACGCCUUAAUGAGAGGCUUUUUCUAAGAUCUGGGAGUCUGAGGCUGUAAAAGGGGCUGCAUUAUAAAUGGACUGCAAUAUAAUACCCAGAAGCAGAAUUUGAAGGUUUAACCACUGACCCAUUUCACAGAAUGUUUCAUGCAGUUGUGGAACAAAAGAUGGAGUUGGUUUUUAUUUUUAAAGAUACUGUCAGUGAUCUGAUACAACUACAAAUAUUCACUUGGUGAAGAUGCAUGGACUUGUCUUUUGGUUGGACUAUUGGUCAUUUCUGAUAUUUUCUUCAGCCACAGUUUCUAUAUGAAAAUUCAAGUAUCAAAGAAUAUUGGGUUUAGAAGGGUAUAAUGAUGUAUUUUGUCUGAGGACUGCAACUUUCAUAGAGACCACAAUUGGAUUACAAUUAUAUUCUCCAAUCAAAGUGAUUCAUAUCAUUUAGUCCUUCUAUAAACCUAAUUUUGAAGAGUUUUAUAUUUAUAAACAACAACAAAAGAUGGGAGAAAAAAAUGGUGAUGCAAAAGCUUUCUGGAUGAAGCUGGAAGACGAUGGAAAAAUAGACUUCAUAUUUGAACAAGUGCAAAAUGUGCUGCAGUCACUGAAGCAAAAGAUCAAAGAUGGGUCAGCCACAAAUAAAGAAUAUAUCCAAGCAAUGAUUCUAGUGAAUGAGGCAACUAUAAGUAACAGUUCAACAUUGAUAAAGGGUCAUACGUCUGUGACUCAGGAUGAACAGGAAAACAAAUCAAAUGCGUUUCCUUCUACAUCAUAUGAAACCUCCUUUCCAGAAGACUAUACAUUUCUAUCUACAGAAAAUAAGGAAAUUCUCACUGUGGAAAAUAAAGUUGUAGAGUUUGGAGAAAAAGAAUCAUCUUACCAAUGUCAUGACUGUUCCUGUUCCUGUCUAAUGAAAAUGUCACCAACCUUCAAGGGAGAAAACCCUCUGCAGCUACCAAUGAAAUGUCACUUCCAAAGACGACACGCGAAGACAAACUCUCAUUCUUCAGCACUCCAUGUGAGUUAUAAAACCCCUUGUGGAAGGAGUCUACGAAACGUGGAGGAAGUUUUUCGUUACCUGCUUGAGACAGAAUGUAACUUUUUAUUUACAGAUAACUUUUCUUUCAAUACCUAUGUUCAGUUGACUCGGAAUUACCCAAGGCAAGAAGAAAUUGUUUCUGAUGCAGACAUUAGCAAUGGAGUGGAAUCGGUGCCUGUUUCUUUCUGUAAUGAAAUUGACAGUAGAAAGCUUCCACAGUUUAAGUACAGAAAGACUGUGUGGCCACGAGCAUAUUAUCUAAACAGCUUUUCCAACAUGUUUACUGAUUCAUGUGACUGUUCUGAGGGCUGCAUAGACAUAACAAAAUGUGCCUGUCUUCAACUGACAGCAAGGAAUGCCAAAACUUGUCCAUCAAGUAAUAAAAUAACCACUGGAUAUAAAUAUAAAAGACUACAGAGACAAAUACCUACUGGCAUUUAUGAAUGCAGCUUGUUGUGCAAGUGUAAUCGACAGAUGUGUCAAAACCGAGUUGUCCAACAUGGUCCUCAAGUGAGGCUACAGGUGUUCAAAACUGAGAAGAAGGGAUGGGGAGUACGCUGCCUAGACGACAUUGACAGAGGGACAUUUGUUUGCAUUUAUUCAGGAAGAUUACUAAGCAGAGCUAACACUGAGAGACCUAAUGCUAUCGAUAAAAAUGGGAAAGAAGAGAAUAUUAUGAAAAAUAUAUUUUCAAAAAAGAGGAAAAUAGAAGUUGCAUGUUCAGAUUGUGAGGUUGAAGUCAUCCCAUUAGAAUCGGAAACACAUUCCAGAAGUGCUGAAACUGAGGAAUGUCCACCUAAGUUCAGUAAUAAUCCAAAAGAGCCUGUGAUGGAAAUGGAGUAUAACAAUAUUUCAGGAAUUCACUAUCCUUCAGUUAUUAGAAGUCCUAAAUCCAAGACAGCCAUUUUUCAAUGCAAUGGAAAAAAGAUGGGAUUUGUGUCCUCAGAGUCUGUCACCUCAGAAGAUAAUGAUGGGCUUAAACCAACUCAAGAACAUCUGAAGGCCAAGGGAAUGCAAAAGGACUCACGUUCAAACCAAGUUGAAGAUUCUGAAGACAAUCUGCUGAUUGAAUCAGAUGUGAUAGAUAUAACUAAAAGCAGAGAAGAAACUCCACCAGGGGGCAGAUGUAACCAAGCAACCACGUUGGAUAAUCAGAAUAUUAAAAAGGAGUUUGAGGUUCAGAUACCAAAGCCCCAAGAGGAAAAAUCUCCAACGUGUCAAAAACAGCAGGUCUUUUGUGAUGAAGAGUUGUUGUGUGAAACCAAGAAUACUCCAUCUGAUUCUCUACCAAAAUUCAGUAAAGGGAAUGUGUUUUUAUUGGAUGCCACAAAAGAAGGAAAUGUGGGCCGCUUCCUUAAUCAUAGUUGUUGCCCGAAUCUCUUGGUACAGAAUGUUUUUGUAGAAACCCAUGACAGGAAUUUUCCAUUGGUGGCGUUCUUCACCAACAGGUAUGUGAAAGCAAGAACAGAACUAACAUGGGAUUACGGUUAUGAAGCUGGCACUGUGCCUGAGAAGGAAAUCCUCUGCCAAUGUGUCUUUCAGGUUACAGAAAAGAUGGAAAAAAGGACGUGUGCACUCUGCCCCAAAGAUUUCAAGGAGUUUAGCAUCCUGUACUUUGCACAAUCAGAGAAUAUAGCUGCUCAUGAAAAUUGUUUGCUGUAUUCUUCAGCACUUGUGGAAUGUGAGGAUCCCAAUUCACCUAAUUAUGAUAGAAAUUUUGAUGUGGAAUCAGUAAAGAAAGAAAUCCAUAGAGGAAGGAAAUUGAAAUGCACAUUUUGUGGUGAAAGAGGAGCCACCGUGGGAUGUGACUUAAAAUCCUGUGCCAAGAAUUACCACUUUUUCUGUGCCAGGAGAGACAACGCAUUUCUACAAACUGAUGGAGCUCGAGGAAUUUAUAAAGUGUUUUGCCAACAACAUGUUCCUGAAUCACUGACUAACACUCAAAGUGCUGAUUUUUCAAGAGGGAAAGGAAAAAAAGGAAAGAAGAAAACUCUCUCAACAGGCAUUCAUGUGCAGCCACCUGAAAAAAUGAAAUUCACUGGAAUCUUAAGACAAAUGAAGGAAGAGCAUGGCAGACACACAGAUAAAAUUGUGCAAGUUCCGUUUCUUAAGAAAUGUAAGCAAGCAGGACUUCUUAAUGACUUAUUUGAAGAAAUAUUAGACAAACUUCAUUUGAUUCAAGAAAGACUCAUGGAUGAGACUACUUCAGAAUCAGACUAUGAAGAAAUUGGGACAUCACUUUUUGACUGUGGAUUGUUUGAAGACACAUUUGUAAAUUUUCAAGCAGCAAUAGAGAAUAAAAUUCAUGAAUCUGAAAAAAGGCGGCAGCAACUGAAGGAAGAGAUUGAGCUACUUCAGGACUUAAAACAAACCAUGUGCCAUUUUCAAGUAAACAGAGACCUCAGGUCAAGUUCUACGUCACUGUCUUCCCUGUCUUCCUAAGGAUUACCAUUUCCUUAGCCAGGACUCAGGCAAAAUUGCAAGCAGGCUCAAAGCGGAGACCCAGCCAGUGAAAACUGCACCUUUGGGACUAGACCUCUCAUCUCUCUCUAGGCCACAAAGUGUGGUCUCCACCAGCUCUUACCUGUUCUUACUGAUUGACAUUUUAUGCCCAACUUGGUAUUUAUUGCCUCCCUCUAUCACCAACUCACCUCUCUCUCUUGCUCUCCAAUAAAAUGUUUUUCAGAUUC